AAGCAUAACUGUACAUUGAUCAACAGCUGCACCAUUCUGCUUCAAAGGGGCUGCAAUUCGGUGGUAGGUGAUUCCUCCAAAAGUUAAGUGUGGAAGUGGGGCAAAAUGAGCCAAGGGAACAAAGGCCCAGAUCCUAAAAGAUAUUUAGGCUUGAUUUCAAUGGAAGGUAGGAGCCACCAUACCUUUGAGGAUCUGGGCCAAAGUGCACAGUACAUUGACUGUGUGAAUGAGAGAGGCACUCAAACCAAAACCCAAAGAGCCAAUGAAAUCCAAACUCUGAGGAACACUUUUGCAAAUAGCCCUUAUCCAUGCAAUGGGCCAAAGAAAACCUUUGGGUCUGAACACCCUGUGUUAAAAUCCAGCUCUGGAUCUGAGCUCUGACUUUGGACAACCCAGGUACUAUACAUCCUAAGGCUGUUGCCUGGGCAGAGUUAGCUCACCAUUUGGGAGCACAAGCCUUUGGGGAUCUGCUGAUCAGCUCAUUGAUCCUACUGUGGCACGGUGAGUGGAAUACUGAUCUAAUCCAUGCCUCCUUUCUUACACUCCCAUCAUUCAACCCCAAGUCCCAGUAGCAUUGCAGCCACCAGAUAUAUCCAAUCCCCCUUGAUCAAAUGUGGAAGAAAGGGAGAGAAGGAAUAUAUGGAAUAUCCUCCUGCCUCAACUGCUUGUGUAAUAAAAAGAUGAGAAUACUCUCCCUGCCCUGGGGGGCGGGGGUGGGGGCUGAGAGUCUUCUGGGCAGCUCUGUGGGAAGGUUCUGACCCCACGCCCAGGUCUCAGGGGGCAGGUGGGUAGGGAGACCCACUGUGCCGGGGAAUGUCUUCUCCCAGCAACCAGGAGGGAGGCGGGAUACAUCCUCCCAGCAACCAAGCAACUUACCUUUCCCCAUAAAAUCCCAUUAGUUAGUCCCUAUUUCAGAAGAUGGCCAGCGGUGCUGUGAAUGGAAGCUGCUCCCAAAGUACUCAGCUGGUGUCUCCAAAGCAAACAUCUCUAUGAAGAUUCAUAUAGGUAGCAGGUGUUAAUGGGGACAGGGGUUGUUUUAUUAACUCUGUUUGCCAGAAUUUAUUUAUUACUGCACAUGAUUACAGGGGAUGCCUCUUUCACUGCAGACUGCUACUGAGUUGCUGCUGCUGCCUGCUGGAUGGAUGGAUGCUGGAGAGAUUAUUUCUAAGCCCUUCCUCCUUCUCCCUCCCUGCUCUUUCAGGACCACACUGACAAUCCCCAAGGGAAGCAGAGGACAGAUGGGGAAGAGGGCAGGCUCCACCAGCUCUCCCUCAGUUGAUUUCACCAUGUCGCCCCAGGAGUCCAGAUAAGGAGCUGCCUCCUGAGUCUCUGAUAGCCUAUGAGGAUGCCCUUUUGCAAAGGGACUGCUGGUCAAUAUAUGGAUAUAUUCCUUCCACAGGGGAUAGAGUGAGAGAGAGGGGAGGGACUGAGAUUUACUGGGUGCAAUAGAGAUUCUCAAUGUAAUCACUACUCUUAAAAUAUGCCCAAGUCUCUCUGCUAACUGGUACCAGAGGAAAGUCUUCAGUUUGCAGCAUGUGUGCAGGAGAGCAGGAUACCUGGAAGCAGCCUGUGUCAGGGUGGGUGAAGAAUUAACCCUGCUCUGGUGCCAUUUCGGAUGUCCCAGUAAGAGCUCUCAGAAAUGCCUAUUGUCUCGGGAGGCAGCAACCAGGACUAUAGUAAUGUUAGCUUUGGUUCUUGUAGUUCCUUGAACCAUCUAUUCCCUAUCUCUGUUGACACCCCUUCUGUCAAAGGGGUCCACUAUCAAAGGGCCAGCAGGAUUUACCACCCUGAUCAGCUCUGUACUGUUGAUGUGAAGAGGGAGAUCAUAAUAAAUGUUGGAGGAAUCAAAUACCUACUGCCUUGGAGCACUUUAGACGAAUUCCCACUGACCCGGCUAAGCAAGCUAAAGUUUUGCAGCAGCUACGAUGAAAUUAUUCAGCUGUGUGAUGAUUAUGAUGAAGACACCCAUGAGUUCUUCUUCGACCGGAAUCCCAAAGCUUUUGGGAUGAUCGUCAGCUUUCUAGCAGCAGGGAAGCUGAUGCUCUUCCAAGACAUGUGUGCCUUGUCAUUCCAGGAGGAGCUGAGAUACUGGGGAAUUGAGGAAUCCAACUUGGAGAAAUGCUGCUUCCGAAAACUGUUUCAAAAACUGCAGGAGCUGGCAGAGAUGCACAAGGAGGAAGAGAUGCAAAUGAGCAAGGAGACCACAUGUGUCCUGGUUGAGGAAACACAAUUUGGACAAUUUAUGAAUAAACUCAGGGAUAUGGUCGAAAAUCCCCAGUCAGGACUCCCAGGAAAAGUCUUUGCUUGUCUCUCCAUCCUCUUUGUGGCCACCACAGCUAUAAGCCUUUGUGUUAGCACAAUGCCGGACUUAAGAGCCGAAGAAGACAGGGGUGAAUGUUCUCAGAAGUGCUAUUACAUCUUUGUCAUCGAGACCAUCUGCGUGGCUUGGUUCUCGCUGGAGCUCUGCCUCCGAUUCAUUCAGGCGAAGAGCAAGUGUCACUUCUUCAGAGGCCCCCUAAAUAUAAUUGAUUUCUUGGCUAUUUCACCCUAUUAUGUUUCCCUCAUAGUGGUAGAUGACGAGCCAAGUGAGGAGGCUGAGAGGCCGAGCAGCAACUCAUAUUUGGAGAAGAUUGGACUGGUGCUACGAGUCUUACGUGCCUUGAAGAUCUUGUAUGUAAUGCGCCUUGCCAGGCACUCCUUAGGCCUGCAGACUUUGGGGCUCACGGUUCGAAGGUGCACCCGAGAAUUUGGCCUGCUUUUGCUCUUUUUGUGUGUAGCUGUCACCCUGUUUUCUCCCCUGGUCUACUUGGCUGAGAAUGAAUCUGGGAAGGUCCUUGAAUUUACAAGCAUUCCUGCCUCAUACUGGUGGGCUAUCAUCUCAAUGACCACUGUGGGAUAUGGAGAUAUGGUACCAAGAAGUGUCCCAGGCCAGAUGGUGGCUCUGAGUAGCAUCCUCAGUGGGAUUCUAAUUAUGGCUUUCCCAGCAACCUCGAUAUUCCACACUUUCUCCCAUUCCUAUUCAGAGUUGAGACAACAACAUGAAAGAUUACAGUCCCAGCUAAACAGGAUAAAAAGCACCAAUCACUCCGGUGAAACUGAUACCUUCAAUGAGUCAGACAGUUUGACUUCAGAGGCGCCAAUGUCGCCGAUUAAGUACAUUUACAGAGGAAACUAAGGCUUGCUGCAAAAUGUCUUUAAGUACAUGAAUAAAGCAAAGCAACAACAUGUGACUUACCAUGUGCAAUGCAAUUGCUGAAAUGGGUAUAAUAAAUUGACCAAGCCAAAUGGAGUCUGACAAUACAUCACUAUGGACUUAGUCUUACAUCACUUUGACUAAGGAAGUCAAAGGUCAGGGGUUAUUCAACAACAGAUAUUUAUUAAGCACUACCAUUCUCUUCUUAUUGAUAAAACUAAUGAUAAAGUCCAACUUUGUCUAUAUCAUAAAAAAUAUCCAGCUGAAUCCCUAACACUGAAUGAGUAGCAAGCAGAAUUUUGCUGACCUAAAUAACAAUUGUUCUUUUGUUUGCCUUUGAGUUUCCAGUGUUCUUUGCAAUUAACAACUGGAGCCAAGCAUUAGAAUGGAUUCUUGUAGGGCUACGCAUCAUUGCCCUUUUUACAAUGCUCAUCAAUUGGUAUAUAAAAGAGUCCUUGAUAUCAAUACAUAUCUAUAUCCAAAGGCACCAACAAGCUAAAAUAAAAGUUUUUAAAGCUCGUUCUGCAAUUACAUGAUCUAUCUAUAAGUAAAGAAUUGCACUGCUACUGUAAAUGAUUUACAUAAUCCCAUAAAAGACUUUGGUUAAAAUGCAAUUUCAAUCUGCCAUCUGUAAACAUUUCACACUAGAUACAAAAAGUUUUCAGGCUUUUUUCUUACAUGUACUCGACUCAGAUAAUGACGAAAGAAUUAAAAAAGCUUAGUGACUAAAAGAGAGGAAUCAAUGUUAUCCUGUUUAUUGGAGUGUGAUGGUGUGUCACCAUGUAAGAAAGGUUAAAAAUAAAUCUGGCAGACAUGAUAGCACUCUGAUAUUGAUGCCCUUUGAAUAUUUAGAAACAGUGAAAUGAAUUAUUUAGGAUGGGACAAUAGGUGUAGUUAGGAAUGAGGGGAUU